CCGUAUGUUUUGUGCAUCUACCAUGCAUAGAUGCAGCUGUGCACUGAGCAAGGCGAGGAUGCCCAGAAUGCUGAGACGACGGAGUAUAUCAGUGCAAAGCAGUAAAAUGUUGGCCAAAAACAACCCCUCUUUAGUGCCCUAUGAUACACACAACCUCCACAAGGCACUGGUGGGUGCUGGCUUUUCAGAGGAACAGGCAGAAGUAAUGAACAAUCAGUUAAAAUCAGUUGUGGUAAGCAGUACAGUGAACUACGAGGAGCACUUCUCACAGCUGGACUCUCUGGCUGAGGAUUUGACUCGGAAGGUGGCGAGGAUAGAGCAGCUGGAAAAGGAAGUGGCUCUGCUGGAGAAGGGCACUGUGCAGGUGCUGAGGUCGGAGAACCAGAAACUCACAACCGACAUCAACGCAUUCCACUCCAUACUCAAGGAAGACUUACAGAAAUACUACGCCAAGGCUUCGUACCAUGACAUGCUUAGAGUGUUGUUGUAA